AUGGCUGGGCUUGAUGUGGCGUGGAUUCCUUUCGCGAUAAUGUACGUCCUGUACCUGAUCCCGCCCACGAUGAUGGAGGUCUAUUCCUACUACAGCCGUGGCGGCCUAGCGCGCUAUGAGGACAUCAAAUACGACGACACCUUUAUGUCCGUUUUUCAGCAGAUGUUUGACCAUGAAAUCUAUUUGAAGCGAUUUCUCGACCGCCCGACGAGCGAGGCCGGCAAGGCCUUCUUUGCCUGGUUGGACUGGAGCGCCGAGCCGUACGACCGCUCAAGAUACAUGUACCGCCGCAACCUCGCCCGGCAGGACAAGGAGGUGAGCUACUGGAAGUGGUACGUCUACGGCCCGUUUAUCUUCAACUGGCCUAAGCAAACCUGGCUUCGCGGGGACGACGCCGCGGGGUUUUUAAAGCCGGCCUGGGGUGUAGGGGGGGAGGCGCGAGGGCGAGAGGAGUACGCCAAGGCCAAGGCCAAGGGCUUCGAUAAGCAUUACCAUUACCAGAUUAUGCGCCGGAUCCGUCGUGAGCAGGCGCUGAAGGCGGCUCAGGAGGAGGAGGAGGCUCAAAGGAAAGAAGCAGCCCCCGCGAAGUAA